AUGUCAUACUAUCAAAGAAGAUAUCAUAAUCGCCGAGAAAGGUACUACAAUCUGAAAUUUACUCGUCCCAAAUCGAAUGAUAAUGGUAAUUCAUGGGAACCAUUACCUGCAUGGGAGAAAAAAUUCUGCAUAAAAGUGGGUGCAAUGCCAUGGAAAAGAUUUGUUGAAUCAAAGAAUAAUUUGUUCAAAACCGAUAAAGUAUUCGAAUGGGAUGAUUCAGCUGGUUUAAAAGCUUUUCAAGAAGCUAAACAGAGAUUCUGGGAAUAUUAUCAUCGUUUUCCUUACACAAAUAAGUUGCCAAGUAAUGCAGCAGAUAUGUAUAUCGAUGAUAUUGAUUGGAACUCUAAAAUCGACCCAAAACUUUUUUUGGAAAUAAAGUCGAUUUCCGAUGAUGAAGAGGAAGAAGAAGAAGAAUAA